AUGAUAGCAGAUCCUGGUAUGUUAUGGCUGGUCAUCGCAAGUGGAGUCGCAUGUUUUUUUAUGGCAUUUGUAACUGGAGCAAAUGAUAUAGCAAAUACAUUUAGUACCUCUAUAGGAUCAAAAUCUUUAACUAUUAAAAAAGCAUUAAUAAUUGCUUUUAUUUUUGAAGCAUUAGGGGCUUCAUUAUUAGGUGGAACCGUAACCGAUUCGAUACGUUCAAAAAUAAUAAACUUUGAAGCAUUUUAUAAUGCACCAGAAUUUUUAAUGUUAGGUAUGUUUAGUGCCCUAAUGGGCGCUAGUAUGUGGCUAGCUAUAGCAACUUUUUUGGGACUUCCCGUAUCAACAACACACAGUAUUGUAGGGGCUUUACUUGGUUUUGGAUUAUCAGCAGGCCAUGCCAAUUCAGUAAAAUGGGAGAAAAUUCAAAGUAUUAUUAUAUCAUGGUUUGCAGCACCAUUAAUAGCAGGAAGUUGUUCGGCUAUAGCUUUUAGUACAAUGAGACAUUUAAUAUUAAGAAAAAAAAAUUCCUUUGAAAUAAUUAAAAAAUGGUAUUGGCUAUUAAUUUUUCUUAUAACUCUCCCUUUUAGUGUAUUUUUGGUAUAUCAAAACCCUAUAGUAUUAAAUAGAGAAUGUACAAUGAAACAAAAUGAUGUAAUUGUUUGUACAUCUCCAUGCUAUCUUCAAGAUUGGAGUGCAGGACACAGGGUUUAUGCAACCUUAAUAUCUAUAGCUUUAUCAUUACUACUAACUGGAAUUGCUUCAGUAUUUAUAUAUACGAUAUAUAACAAAAGAUUAAAAUCCUAUGAUUUUAGAAAGCGAUUAUUUGAAGAUCAAGAAAUGAAUGAUGUCGAAAAAAAUAUAAAACCGAUCGCAAGUAGUUUAAAUUCAGUUGCCUCAACCGAAACCCAAAUGCCACAUUUAAAAGAUCAAGCAAAUCAAGCUAACAAUGAAAAUACUAUUGGUAAUGUACAAAUUGGAGUAACAAAAGUUGCAAAUAAUAAUGAAAAUAAUAAAGUAGCUGCAAAAAAUGAGAUUGCACAAACUUCAAUUGAAACAUUUGAUCAAGACACUGAAAUUGUUUUUGCAACUUUACAAAUUAUAAGUGCUAUUUUAGGAGUAGUAGCUCAAAGUGCUAACGAUACAGCUAAUGCUAUAGGUCCAUUUGCUGCUGUAUUUAAUACAUUUAAUUCAGGAAUCGAACAAAAAAUUAAAGUACAAUGGUAUAUAUUAUUAUUUGGUGGUUUGUCGAUGUCUUUAGGUUUAUCUAUUUUAGGUUAUAGGGUUAUUAAAACUGUUGGAAUGAAACUUAUUAAAAUAACACCGUCUCGAGGUUUUACCAUUGAAUUAAUUUCAGGCCUAGUUGUUUUAUUUUUUAGUAUUUGUGGUAUUCCGUUAAGUUCAACACAUUGUGCUGUGUCAAGUGUGAUUGGACUUGGAUUAGUCGAAGCAAAAGUAUUUGAUAAUGAUAAAAAUGGCAAUGCAAAUAAGGGUACACCAAAUGGGGAAGGAAAUACAAAUGUGGCUGUAAAAAGAUCAUUGUGGCCAUUAUCCUAUCUAAAUACAUCAUGUGUAAAUUUAAAAUUAUUCAGAACCAUAUUUUUGUCAUGGAUCAUUACAGUGUCCUUUUCCGCUUCCGUCACUGCAGCCAUCUUUUCAUUUGCUGCGUACACUCCCUCUUACGUAGUUUUGAGAGCCCCAGUUUAA